ACCCUCCUCCCUCUAUCUGCUUGUUCUCCUUGCUUUUUUCAUCCGUCGUGGCGCCUUCCACACCGUCGGUGCGGGGUUGGAUUAGGAGACUACUGGGGUUUCUCUCUUUCUUCUUCUCUAGGAUGAUGCAGCCAGCAGUCGUUCGUUCGAUCGAUCGCUACAUUUUUUUUUCUUUCUUUCUCGCCGAUUCUAGGGUUUUAGAUCGGUAAUGCCCGGUAAUCUGUCUUCCUCCAAUGCAUCAAGUCUUAGUGCGGAAUGAUUCGGUUCACGGUCGAUUCCCUGUGCGAUCGCCAUGCUCCAGUAGUAGUAGUAGUAGUACAGCCAUUACUGGAUAUAUUGCCAACCCCUGCCCGUGUGUUGUUGCUCUGCUGCUUGCCAUGUUCACUGUCAAUUUUGAUCCAACGUCUGGUAGGUACUACUCUUCAAUUGAAAGUAUUUUCAACCUGUAUUGGGAAGAAUUGUGUUUUUUCUAUUUGUCCGCCGUUCUUAUCACCUCACUACUUUUGUACUUGUUUUUUUUUAUAGGGCAUACAGUAGGGUUUUCCCCUGCUGUGGUAGAUAUAUUUUAAUAUUAAAAAAGAGAAAAGGAACUUUUGUACUUGUUGUGGACUUGUGGUCCAGUUCGAUGGCAAAAGCACUAGUAGUAUAUUCUGGCUGGCCACCUUGAUUUGCCCUUUCAUCUUCCUUUCGCCUUUUCUUUUACUUGGUUAAACGCCAGAUUUUUUUACUUCGUUUCAUAUAAUGCUAUAGGUACUUUUAACUUGUCUGCAACCUCACUGCUUUAACAUUGUGCGCUCCAUGUAUGAGUUUCUCUAUCAGGUGUAACCAAAUUCGUGCCAUGGACAAUUGAUUGUCAUUGAUUUCACCUCUGCGUGUGCAAGGUCGAUCUGUCAGGAAUGAGGCGAGACAUGCCUGCAUUGUCCUUUAGACAAGAUGCUGCCAGCGCCAUGGCAGGAGCUAUCUUCAUGUCCAACACUGUCACAAGGGAACAAUGCUUCCAAAAAAACAUUUUCGGACUGCCGUUAGAGUAUGCAUCCUUUGUCAACAAUGUCAAAAAAGGGAUGCCUUUGUUUCUUUUUGACCAUACUCUGCGUAAGCUUUAUGGGGUCUUUGAGGCUGCCUCUGAUGGAGGGCUGAAUAUUGACAAAAGCGCAUUUCAGUCAAUUCAACGUUCAUAUCCCACGCAGGUUCGCAUCAAUAUUAUUUGGAAGUGCAGACCACUAAAUGAAGAUGAGUUUUUUCCUGCCAUAGAAAAGAACUACUAUUUGCCAAGGAAGUUCUACUUUGACCUUUCCUUCAACCAGGUUGUUCGGCUAUACGAGUUGUUUGAUGACAGGAAGGUAGAGCGCCCUCUUCGCAACUAUUCAAAAAAUGAGAGUUUGGAAACAAAACACUCCAGUAAAGGGACACCAGAUAAAAGAAGCUUGACUCCAAAUGUUCCUCAUUCCAGUGAUCAGUCAGACCUUUUGAUUCCUGACAUUUCAGCAUUUGGAAGAAAAUACUCUACUCAUACAAACAUGCACACAGGUGUACCACCUAGUGUGGAGGUACACCCAAGCACAUCAAUGCCCUUGGGAACUGAAAAUUUUGGAGCCCAAAUUGCUCCCAUGCACAGCUGUCAUGACCUAACAGAUGGUGUUUCAACUCAAGUAUCUGCUCCUUGCUCUACUAGACACCACCAGUUGGUUGGCAGUCGAUUAUAUCCAUUACCUCAGAACCAUCAACACAAAAUCUUUUCUUCUGGACAUCUAAUUCAGAAUCCAACAGCGAGAGCUAAAUUUGUUGCAAAACAGUCGUAUCCAUCAUCUCAUGGCUAUGUACACAGUAGCUUGAUACCUUCAGGAUAUGUGACUCAGAACCCAACUUAUGGAGAUAGGAACCAUGUGAGUUUUACUUCUACUCCGAAGGCCCCUUCAUACCCUCACUUAUCUCUUGCAAAUCCACAAGGCAACGCUGACUACCAGGAGCAUUACGAUAUCUGCAUCAAACAACGUCAUUUUAGUGCACAUGAUGAGAUUUAUGCAUAUGAGCGUCAGCGUUUUAGUGAAGGAAAAGCCCUACCAUCUGUGAAGUUAAGCCCUGAAGUUCCUAAAUAUGGAGGGAAUGCAGUAUCUGCAAUUGAUCAGCAGAAAAAUGGUUGUCCUGAUUACAUUUCAUUGCCUGAUUGCAAUGAAGACUUUGAAAAUGAUCAGAUGAAACAUGGUAUCCAUAGCAGUGCCUCAAAUUCAUCAGAUCUUGAAAAUGAUAUUGGAGUCGACAUGCCAGAUCCACGACAUACAAAACAUGCUAUAGGAGCUGAAAACAACACAAAAGUUCUUUGUAGCCGUCUCAAAAGCAGUGUAUUUUCUCGCUUAUCAUGGGGCCAGCAACCACCUUCUCAAGUGGCCACAGAUCCUACACUCAGUCAAUUGGUUUCUCUUCUUUCUCAGAAAGCAAUACAAUGGAGUAACAAGAAUGGACCGGUUGCAGAUGGUGUUGGCGGACACUUGAUCAGGGAGCAAGAUACCGACAGACCCUAUUCUCAUUCUGAGCUGGACCUGCCAAGUCAGGUAGAGUUAGAAGCAGAAGCAGGAGAAAACACAGAGCCACAACCUCCCUUGUUGAACUUCAAGAGACGCAGCGAAGCACAGAAGGGGGAUACAAAUUUGGGAAAGGAAAUUGGUGGGAGAGUGAAGAGAAGAAAGCUUGUGCGCCCUUCCUUUGGAGAAAGUAAUGCUUCUACUAGUGCUGGAAAAGAGGCUGAAGGAAAUCAAAUACAGGAAAGGAAGCAUAACCAUCCGGAAGUUGGUGGAAACCAUUUUGACAUUGACCUAAACAUACCUGCAUCGGUAGACAGUGAUCCAGCAGAGGAGGAUAAUAGUAUUGCAGUACGUCCUAGUGUUCUUAUCAAGACACAAACAGAAAAACUGAGUGAAGCAGAAGCAAACAAGCCAAACUGCUCAAAUAUGAUGGAGACAAUCAAAGAACAGGAUCUAUCCUUCGACAAUGGUGCACCUGCACAAAAGGUUUCAGUUGAUUUUUAUGUCGCGGAGUUGAAUACGAUGGAUGAAUCGGAACUGCAGAUAAUUCUUGGUCAGACAUCCUCGUUGUUGCAAGCACUUGGCAAGCACACAACUGGGAAACCUAACGACUCUAAAGAGGCUAUAUCAAGCAUUCGUGGUGAACUCUGAUGGGAGCACCACACCCAAGUACAAUUGACAAUGGCAGCAUACUACUGCUGUAGCAGCUGAAAAUGAAUCCUCACCAUUCCGGUAUAGCAGUACAAGACAGAAGUUGUUACGGGCAACUAGUGCCUGAUAUUUUGUGUUUUUUGGGGAAAGGGUAGUGUUGGAAGGGUGACUAACUCGGUCUUGUUCCACUUUUCAUAGAACUUAAUCUGCAUGGGUCUCGUAAUGCAUUACCAAAGACGAUUCCUUGUAAUGAAACCAUGUGCCCUUGCCGUCUCAGUAA